CUCAAGAAUGAAAAGAGGAAGAAAAACGCUCACAAGUUUCAAGUUUCAAACAUUCGGCCACAACGGUUUCGCGUUUUCUUCGCUCUCUCUCGGAAAGCCUUCCCCUCCUCCGCCCCCAGCUAAUUAGCACUUGCACAUUUUCUUCACUCUAUCGGAAAGCAUUUUCCGACUAUAUCCCUUGAACAUCUAGGCGUUAAUCGGAGCAGAAUUCAGUUCGUCGGAAUCCGGAUUAGGCGCCGGGACGAUGUGUACCGAUGCGUUAGUGACGCUUGGCUUCGUUCUGCUGCUGCUGCUGCUCACGCCGGCAUCAGCUGCGGCGGCGGUGGAGGAUCGGCUUCUGGUGAAAAUGACGCUGGUUGAGAACGCCUCCGAUUUCGGAGCUUAUUGCUUGGACGGAAGUUUGCCGGCGUAUCACCUUCACAGAGGAUUCGGCGCCGGAGCUCGGAAUUGGCUUCUGCAAUUUGAGGGUGGUGGGUGGUGCAACGACAUCAAAACAUGUUUGGAUAGAUCUGCAAGUAGGCGGGGAUCAACAACUUAUAUGAACAAGUGGGAGGUAUUUUCUGGCAUUCUCAGUAACAAUGCCUCUCUUAACCCUGAUUUUUACAAUUGGAACCGGGUGAAGCUUAGGUAUUGUGAUGGAGCAUCAUUUGCCGGAGAUUCUAAGUUUGACAAUGGGACAAUGUUGCUUUAUUUCAGAGGACAGAAAAUCUGGCAAGCUAUUAUUCACGAUCUCCUUCCAGAAGGCUUAAGCCAAUCAAGAAAGGCUCUGCUUUCUGGUUGUUCUGCCGGUGGCUUGGCAACUUUUCUGCAUUGUGACAACUUCACCAGUUAUCUACCUAAUACCACAAGUGUCAAAUGCUUGAGCGAUGCUGGAUUCUUCCUCGAUGAGAGAGACAUUAGUCAAAACUAUACCAUGAGAUCUUUCUACCAGAACAUGCUUUUUCUACAUGCAGCAGGACACACUCUCAACAGAAAUUGCACCGAUUCUCUUGCCCAUCCUGAACUGUGCAUCUUCCCACAGUAUGCACUAUCUUACAUUCAAACACCAUUCUUCAUCCUAAACUCUGCAUAUGAUGUGUACCAAUUCCAUCACAUACUAGUUCCACCUUCUGCCGAUCCUGGUGGACAUUGGAAAGGUUGCAAACUCAACCCAGCAGCCUGCAGUCAGUUACAACUUAGAACUUUGCAUGGAUUCAGAAGAGACAUGCUUGCCGAUCUCAGAACUUUCUAUUACCACUCCGUAAGAGGAGGGAUGUACAUAAAUUCAUGUUUUGCUCAUUGCCAAAGCGAGACUCAGGACACAUGGUUUGCAGUUGAUUCUCCCCGAAUAAGAAACCAGACUAUUGCAGAGGCAGUUGGGGACUGGUAUUUUAGCAGAAGAGUAAGCAAACAGAUUGAUUGUGCAUACCCAUGUGAUUCUACUUGCCAUAAUAUCAUUGGCUGACAUAUACACAUAGAUCCAUUUAAUGGUGUACAUAGAUCAAUACACAUAGAAACUAUUUUUUCUUGAUACUCAUAAAGUCACAGGAGGAAAAUGUUACCACAAAAGAAUAUACUUUGUCCCAUUCUUAGUGUAGGGUGUUUACAUUGUUGUUACACUGAUAUACUCGAACGUAUGUAUUGAUUCAUUUUUAAUUUUUUUUAGCAAAGAAUAAGAGCAGCUGUGGAGU